UGACUCAAAUAUUCUUGGUGGCUGUUGGCCUGAGCAUUAUGUUGUAUCGGUAUCCAAAAACUAUUGUGAAAUAGUGAUGUCCCAUCCCGCAAACACCAAGCCUCCACUGAGAACCUCGGCCAGUGCAAUAAAGAAACUCACUUUGCCGUUUGGUUGGAUUGUCAAACAGUCCUCCUCCUUCCCGGACCGCAUCUACUACUUCAACACAAACACAGGGGUGUCAACGUGGGAGGUGCCUGAACUCGUCAAGCCUUAUUUGACUCUCCAAGAUAAGCAGCAUGCAACUCGAUGCACUGGUGAUAGCUGGGAUCCCUGCUUUUCACCAUGUUAUGAAUCUGAAAAUGAUGGUUCACCGUUUAGUGGUGGAGGAGGCAGUGAUGUGGACUACCGUGUGUCUGAUCCAGUGUUUAGUGCAUUCCAGAAAAACAUCUACGAGAACAUGAGAUCACAGGCUCCUGCUGAUGACCACGGUGCUCAUUAUUCUGCCCAGGAUGUAGAUCUGAGGAAGGGUCUCAUGCCUCAUUUUUCACAUUCCACCACAACUGGAAGCGUUUCUCGUGACAAACCUAACAUUUCUUCACCGAGUGCUGAAGCAUUAGCAAAGUUUGACAAGGACGAACGGAGGGAAGAAAAUAUGCCAAAACGAGCACUGAAUUAUGAGCAGGUCUACAGUGUUUCAAAUCUUUUAUCAAAUCUACGACAACAACCAACUGAUAAAAAAUAUAAUGACUCUAAUAAGACUGUAAAGCAGAGUAAUCCAGAUAAAAAUAAAAACAAUUCUAAAAGGGAAUCAUUAGAUGUUAAAACCUCCACAUCAAGUGAUGUUCAGCAUUCGGUUGUCGUCCAGUCCAAUCUUUCUUCUACAGUCUUUGUACCAUUUCAUGUCAAGUCGUCAAAUUUUACAAAGUCUGAUGCCGUAAGUAAAAGAAACAGUUCUUGGUCCUCACGUAAUGUAAAGGAAAAGUUGUCAAAAACCAUUUCUGUCAAAUCUCAGGGAUCACUUUAUGUCAAAUCUCGGGGAUCACAUAUGCAAGAGGCUAAAGAAAAAACACUUCCCUUAGAUGUUUCUUUAAAGUCCAAAUCUUUGUCUUCUAAAUCGAAACAACCAAUCUCUUAUGAAGAUUUUUGUGCUCAUGAUGACCUUCCUACAACAUUUGGUUGUAAUUCACCAAAGAAAUUAAAAAGUACAAAAAGAAGACAAAUCAUUAAUUCUAAAAAGGUUGAAAAGGUGGCGGCGGAUCCUACAGAUUUGAGACAUAAAUUGGCAAGUAGAGAUCAGAGGCAGGAAAUGAAGCAAGACAAACCUAACAGUAACACUGAAUCUUGUAAACUGCUGGAUUUAUCACAUCCAGAUGGCAGAAAGCCAUGGACCCAAAAACGUAAGAGUUCAGAGUUUUCUGAGGAUCUGGAAUCCAAAAGUUUUAAAAAUAGCAAAUUGACCACCACAGUAGUUCAGUCAGUUUGUGAAUCCAGAGAAAAAGUAUCUCAGUCAGCUAGUCAUAAAACUGACGCAGUUAAGAAACCCAAAUCGUCUGUAUCAGCAUCACUGAAAACUAGUGAGGUGGACAAAUGGCAGCCAGUGCCUGUAGAUAGGAACAGUGACAAGCAAGAAAGUAGAAAGAACAAGUUGCUCGAUCCACAUCAGUUGGUAGUUCUGAACAAAAACAAUUCUGGUAAAACAUUGUUGCAAAGAGCAAUUCAUGGGAAAGUUACAAAGGUUACCAAAAGAAAUAAUGCAGUAUCUGAUAUUCGGAAUGUCAUUGCUGACAUGGGUACUAUUAAAAAGGUAAUUUCUGUAAAACCAGUGACACAGGAAUGUACCUCCAGUGAUCAUUUCAACAGAUCUGAAAUACAGGCAGCUGUACAGUCAUGGGUUGAUGUCAGUAGUGCACGAGUGAACCCUGACACCAGUAGGACUGCUGCUUCUUGCAGUACGACUUUUGAAACGGAAGAGGCUGAUCGAAGGAUUGUGGUUCCCAGUUGCACUGUAUCUCCCUUCUUUGUGAAUGACAGGGAAUAUUUGACUGGUCAUAGUUGUUCACCCAUGGUAGAUGCAUCUUUAUGUGUAAAUGAAGACUUGAGGGAUGAUGUCUGUGACAUGGAAGUGGAUGAGGAAGACCCCCAAAUGAUUGUUGAUAAGCUUCGAGAAUUCAGACAAGAGUUAAAAUUUCAUCAGAAUGAGGCAGUGGGUGAACUAACCCAGACAGUGUCGAGUAACUCUGCAGAGGUCAAGGAAGAAUCCAAGUCAUCCAAACUUGUUGACAAGACUCUCUAUAUUGUGAUAGACACAAAUAUUCUCAUACAUGAUCUGAAGUUUGUUACAGAACUUCGGGAUACAAAACUUAAAGGUUUUGGUCUGCCAUAUCUUCUUAUUCCGUGGGUUGUUAUGCAAGAGUUGGAUUGUCUCAAAGAUGCUAAACCACAGUAUAUGUCUCUGCGUGGACAGCGGAAGGCUCAAUUGGCAGUGUCCUAUUUGUUUGCUUGUUUCCAGUCCAGACAUCCUCGAGUUCAGGGACAAAGCUCAAAAAAGGCAAGUGAAACUCUUGAGAGUUUACGGAUUGAAUGUAAUGAUGACCGUGUUCUGCAAGCAGUUCAUCAGUGCAUGAAGGACAAUCCUCAUUCAUGUGUGGUACUGCUGUCUGGAGAUAAAAACCUGUGCAAUAAGGCUAUUGUGAAUGGCAUUGACGUCUUUGGAAGAGAGACUCUGUUGAAAGGCCUAUCAAAUCUUCUGAACAACUGUCACAAAAGUGGACUUACAUCAUUGGCUGUUAAAAGUCCAGGAUGUUUUGCAGCAUCACCAAGUAGAAUAUGUGAUGAUGACCUCUCUCCCAUCUCACAAAACAUCUCGUCACCUUCAGCUGUCCCAUCUGCUCACUCACAGAUGGAAAUUGUAGAUGACGUCUUGUGUUCAGCCAAGGUUGUCAUCAGAGAUGGAUUUGGCACUGUGCUCCAGACUGAGAUGGAGGAGGCGUUUGGAAACAUGUGGCUUCAGAUUGUGUAUAAGAAACCACCAUGGUCUGCCUAUGAUGUGAUGAUGUGCUUUCAGAAGCAUUGGAUAGCAGUUUUUGGUUUAGUGUUCAACAGAAGAUUGUUGAAUUCUGUAGCUGAAAUGGUGACCAAGCUCUCUCCUACAGAAGGUUUGCAAAUGGAAGGCCUUAGUGAAUUGCUGCGAGAAGCCCUGGUCCUCCUCAGUGAAUUUAAAAAGAAAUCAGAGUAAAUUGUUUUGUCUUUAAAGAUUUC